AUGGAGUGCCCUCUGGGACAGACCAAACGGACAACCGAUAGGAUAGAUAUACGGGCACCUAAGCGUAGGGCCCGGACUACCGUUCCAGCUGCAGGAUGCCCAGCGCAGACCCCGAACGCGAGCAUACGCGACCUGUUCACUGGCUACGAGCCUCACAUCGCUGCAGACUGCGAUGAUAUUGACACGCUAGUCGCAAAAGCGGAUCGCAUUGCCGAGCUGAGCUCAGGGCGCAACUGGGCACAGACACGGCGCGUAUGGUCCUACGCAUGCAUGCCGAAGCCAAAACCGCCGAGCAAGAGUACGAUACCAUGUACAAGGAGGUUGAACAGAGGAUUGAUGGCAGACAGGAUAUGGCAGCUAGGCACGUUCUGA